ACUGAGUGUAACUGUCUGUACUUUUCAAAAUCUCAACCUUAUCUAUGAGUGAAGGUGAUGGAGAUAUUUUGGGAAAUAUUAUCUGAUGAACUAGAAGUGGAGAGUUAACAUCUUGCCCAUGUGGUUCAUCUCUCUAACUGUAGGACCAAUGGCACAAACCAAUUGUAUUGUCUUUGUUGUCUUUACAACAGCUUGAAGAAGGUCUUAUGAGUGAAAUGUCAGGUCUGAUCUUAUUUUUUCUUUUUGGUGCUUUUAUCUUGCAAAUCCUUUUUAUUUUGCAACCUUCAUGCUGCCAUAGGAGCUACUUGGUUGAAAGAAUAACAGGGAUAUGUGUGAGAAAAAAGAUUUGAAGUGAGGUUUAAAAUGCUGUGUUUUCAAGUGAUGCCUAAUUAGAUUGGAGAAGAGUUAUUUCAGUUGUAAAAGGUGCAUUGCUAAAGAAGGGAGAAACAAUGUAUACGAAAGAUAAAGCAGCAGAGGGGAAUAGGAAAACUUUGGUUGAUUAACCUAGCUGAUUGCAGGGAUGAUCCAGUCAUUUUAGAGCAUAAAGCUUAACCAUGGGGCAGAGAUCAAGUUUGGCAUCAUGGCACCUCUGUUCCAUUCCACUCCACAGCAGGAGGUGAACAGGGAGGUCUCAAACCUACAUUUAACAAACACAGGGAAGAUACCACUGUAAUAAAGGGUAGUAACCGUCUUUCAUCCAUAUGAGAAGUGAUAAUGGUUAUUCUAGAAAUAGAGUAUGAAGCUGAUAUUGAAAAGGUUCUGUUCUUUAAAAGCCAGUCGUUGACCUUUCAUGAUCAAAGCCCUGCAGAAACCCCAAAUGGAAUUAUAAAUUGUUGAUUUUGUGUAAUGUAUUAUCCUCUUAUUGAAUCAAAAUAAGAAAUACUUUGGAACUCUCUUACAUUACCAAUGCCUAUUUUUGAUAGGUAUAACACACUUUUGCACAUCUUCUGUUUUUCCCUUUGAUCUGGUGUAGGAUCUGAUAGCUUUCCUGGGAUCAGACUUGACUUCCUUUUCCUGUUGAUCCCGUUGUUUACCGAGAAAGACAUCUUUUCCUAAAUUCUAAAAAUGCCUGCCCUACCAUCCAUCAGAAUCUGCCCCUGUGGGCAUUGGAAGGAUGGAAGUGCUAAGUAGCACUUUUCCUGUAAUGAAAAGGAUUCCAUUGUCUCCCAGUUUGCCUAGAUAUUUCCUAACUUUUUGUAUCAUGUCAGAUAUGGUUUGUUGUGGCCGAAGUCUCUAGCUCUUCUCCGAGUUUAGGUCUCAGUGAAAAACUCCAUAGGAAAUACUGCAAGAUGAGUGCUGACUCAACACUGGCUUCUGCCUGAGUGCAGUCCUGGGCCCCAGAUGGAGCUUCACUGACUUUGGUGGGGCCACUUCAGCACUUUUCUAGACCCUGAAACUCGAAGAGCAAUGGGAGAGCAAGCAGUAGCUCUUGCCAAAGCAGUAAAAUAUUCCUCUGCUGGAACAGUAGAAUUCCUUGUGGACUCCAGUAAGAAUUUCUAUUUCUUGGAAAUGAAUACUAGACUUCAGGUUGAACAUCCCGUCACAGAAUGCAUUACGGGCCUGGACUUAGUCCAAGAAAUGAUCCGUGUUGCUAAGGGUUACCCUCUCAGGCACAAACAGGCUGAUAUUCCCAUCAACGGCUGGGCGGUUGAAUGUCGAGUUUAUGCCGAGGAUCCCUACAAAUCUUUUGGCCUGCCAUCCAUUGGUAAACUGUCUCAGUAUCAGGAACCAUUGCAUGUGCCAAGUGUACGUGUUGACAGUGGCAUACAGCAAGGAAGUGAUAUCAGCAUUUAUUAUGAUCCUAUGAUCUCAAAACUGAUUACCUAUGGCUCUAAUAGAGCUGAAGCACUGAAAAGAAUGGAAGAGGCUCUGGACAAUUACGUAAUUCGAGGUGUGGCUCACAAUAUUUCUUUACUGCGAGAAGUGAUCAUCCAUCCACGCUUUGUUCAAGGAGACAUCAGCACUAAAUUCCUUCCUGAAGUCUAUCCUGAUGGUUUUAAAGGACACAAGUUGACAGAUCUUGAACGAAGAGAACUACUGGCAACAGCAGCAUCUUUGUACGUGGCUGAACAACUGAGAUCACAGCGAUUUCUAGGGACUCCAAGAAUUCCUAUUGCUAAAUCAAAGCAAAGUAGCUGGGAGCUCUCUGUACGUCUAGGAGAUGGAAUUUACCCAGUUGCAGUUUCAAAGGAUGGCUCAUCAUUUUCUGUGGAAGUUGAUGGGAUGAAACUAAACGUGACCAGCGAGUGGAACCUGGCUUCACCCUUAUUGUCUGUCACCAUUGAUGGCACUCAGAGGACUAUACAGCGGCUUUCUCGGAAUGCCUCUGGAGAUACAAGCAUUCAGUUUCUAGGCACAGUGUACAAAUUACAAAUACUGACGAAGGUUGCUGCAGAGCUGAGCAAGUACAUGCCAGAGAAAGCAGCAGAGGACACCUCCAGCAUUUUGAGAUCUCCCAUGCCUGGAGCAGUGGUGGCAGUUUCUGUCAAGCCUGGGGACAUGGUUUCGGAAGGUCAAGAGAUUUGUGUAAUUGAAGCAAUGAAAAUGCAGAACAGUAUGAUUGCUGCUAAAACAGGCAAGGUGAAAGCUGUGCACUGCAAAGCUGGUGAUACUGUUGGAGAAGGAGAUCUGCUGGUGGAACUGGAAUGAAAGGUUGCCUCCACACUGUUGAGUUAGCUAAGCCUUUAUUAUUUUCAUCCGUAAAUUAAGAUUAAGGCAAUUCAACACAGAAGAUGGACAGUCCUAUGCGCGAGAUUUUAUACAGUCAUAUUUAUUUUAUCAGUGGUUAAGACAGCAAACACAGAUGUUAAAUCUUGGCAACAGAUCCCAGAUUUUUACUUCCAGAAAUACUUGUACAUAAUCUUUGUAAUUCUUUGAUUUUUCAGGAUCAAAUAAAAUCAAUAAAAUACCAUUUCUGCUUUAAAA